AACCCACGCGAGAGCGCGGGCCGCAUACCACGGUAGCGCGUCGUUCGAAGUUUAAAGUUGACAAUUCUACGUAUAAAAAUCUUUCGAUUCUAAACAAACGCAUGUCCAUCUACGUUCCAACGAAAAAUUUCUACGAUAUUCGAUUACAUCGUUCCAUCUUAAAGCGCGAUGCGCAAUAAACUCGAGGAAAUCGAGCCGCAUGGCGACAUCGUGUAUAACCAGUGAAAGACACGCAAUCUUUAUCCCGCUAUAUGUUUAUGUUUAUUCACCUUUGUGGUUAUGGAAACAGUGAUCAGAGUUUAUAUAGUGGAUAUAUGCCGUAGACUCGAUUACUAGUGAAUAUUCCCCACUCAGUGCUUCAACAAAGAUCAAAAAUCGACCAGUCGACCAUUUUUUUUCUCGAUCCACGCCGCAUACCCAGUCAAAAUCAUUGCGGUUAUGGUAGGUACGCUGUUUCCAAGCGGGUUUUUCUUGGGAACGAACAGGUGACAACGCCCGGUAAUUUGAUCAAUUUUCCUUGGCUGGAGAAAGUUCGAUCAUUAGAUAGACCUAUUUGUGCGAAUUUUUUCUUUAUCCGAGAAGAUUAUACCACCGUCGAUGGAAACAGCUGAUACAAUCACCUGCUGUUAUCAUCAAAUUUGUUCGUUCAUAAAGAAUAAUCAAGAUCGUUAAGAAAACAGAGCAUGAACGUUGUGUUCGAGAGGCAGUCUCGAUCGCAGAGUCUCUUUGAAAUUUACCGUUACUCAUUGACGUUGAUCAUAGCUCGACCGUUUCCGUUGUUCUUAUCACUCUAUAGCCGCGAAAGAACGUUGCACUGAAGCGCGGUAAACACCGGCGCGAGUUCGAUUAUUAACGCGAAUUUCGUGUCAGUCGCGAGACGAGUGGAAAAAUCUGUGCUGGCUAUAUUUAUCGUUUAAACACGGUGGAUAACGAACAGGAAAUAUUUUGGACGGGAUUUUCAUGCGGAUCAGAUAUACUAUUUAAUCUGAAAAUAUAUCUUUUAAUAGGCAAACUGACGAAUACCAGUCGAGAAUCACUGUCGAUGAAUUUAUCACUGCUCAAGAUCGAUAAAUAGAUAAGAAUUGAUCGGGAAUAUCCACGAAUUAAAAACAAUCAUGGCGUUAGCGAGGAUCAAGAGUUUCAUAGAUACUGGUUUUAAGACUGUGUCCACUCCGUUGGAUCGCACGGUGAAUCUGGAGCCGGAAGUAGGCAUUAAAAUCGUUCAUUCGAUCAACGAGAAAGCUCUGCACGUGACGGUACUUGGUGCUCGUCACUUGCCGCAGAAUUUCGGCUUUACUCGUGUCAACAGCUACGUAGUCAAGGUGAAGUUAAUACCAGGAAAGGAAAAGUUCGAGACAACGUCGAAAAACGAGUCGUGGCCGCAAUGGAACGAGGAAUUUACGUUUCACUUGCGAAAAGAAACAAAACAGAAAUUUGGUAAAACGAAAGUGAUCGAAGAGGAGAUAAGCGGUUCCAGAUUUAUCGUCGCGACUUUAUACGCGAUUCUCGAGGAUAAACCAUUAAUAGCGACUGAGAAGAAGGAAUCCGAGAAAGAAAAAACGUCGCCCACUAAAGAAUCCCCUAAGAAGAGCAACAAGAAAAAAGAUGGUCAAGGUGCUUCCACGGAGAAUCAGGAGCCAACGAAGAACAAAUUAUUCAGUCAAUUUUUCGGCAAGGGAACCGAUAAAUCCGUGGAAACCGCAACUCCAGAAAGAAAAUUGUUUGAUAAGAGACGAACUGUAGGCGCCACAACGAUUUCCUUGGAUCCGAAGAACUUCACUUCGAAGCCACCAAAAGCUAAGCAUCCAAGCGACGUGUCGACAGGAGAUAUGUGGAGACCAUUGCGACCGAUUGCUAGUGGUAUUUCUGGAGCUGAAGAAAGAAAGGAAAAUAAGAAAGGCCAAGUCGAGUUGUCACUGUGCCAAGAAAAGGCCGAUAAGAAAGAGGAGGGUAGCGAAAAACUGAUACUGUCCCUGCAUCGUCUGAGAUGCUCGUUACAAACGAUGCACGAGCAUGAAGCCUUGAAAGGACAGAUGUAUAUUAAGAUGUCCGUGGUAGAUGACGGUAGAGUGACUCAUUUUUGGAAAAGCGAUCGUUUUGCCCCAUGUGUGUCGAUGAAAUUUUCGCCGGAAAUGGCUAGAGUGAUUGCGGAUAAUCCGUAUCAGGGAGCAUUGAAGGAUGUUAGCUUCGUUGUUAAAUUCGUCUCGAAGAAUAAAUUAGGAAAGAAAACAACUGUUGGUCAUUUUGUGAUCGGACCAGAUGUAGGAGGAACUUACGGCGAACAAUGGAAACAGGCUUUAGCGAAAUCAGGACAACAAAUAACGAAAUGGCAGUCAUUCGAGUGAGAAUGAGAGAAAAUAGAUCAAUAAACUUAUCGAGCAUUCUUGGCUCGACUUUUACUCAUAGUUUUCCUUCGACCAUAAACCUACUUUCAACCUGUGCGAAUAUUAUGAAUAUUUGAGCACAUGGUCGAUAGUGCCGUUCCAAAGAAUACUUAGGCAAACAUCUGUGGAUACAAAAGGUAUAUAUCAUAAGCUAUUUCUCUCGCGAAAUUUAUUUUUGCUUAGUUUUUCAUUAUUUUUAUCUAUUUCUUCUCCUUGUGACAUUUUCUAAUGGAAGACAAGUUGUACAAGAAUUAUGCAUCUGUUUUAUUGUAUGAUACGCAUUUAUGCACACAUAAUGUAUUGAUUCUUUUAUACCGUCCUCGAUUCCAAGGCAGAGAAAUCGCAAAAAUUUCUGCCAAGAAUCAAAAUAAUAGAACCGUCCAAUAAAUUAGUAUCUGCCAGUUUUGAAUAGAUAAAACUAGAAUCCUUAGGCUGAAAUAAAAUUCCAGGUUAUUAGAGAGUCCGAGUUAGAAGUUAUCUCUGAAAGAAGAAAGUAAAUUUUUGUGCCAGAUCGCGACCAAGUAAUUUUUAGCUGUUAAGUAAGUUACGAUAUAAUGCAGAUGUAACGAAGCGCUUUUGUUCUAUUUACUAUUAAAUUGAUCUUCAAUUUUACAUUAACAUUUUUAAGAUAGAUCAUUAAAUCAAUGGAAAGUAUUUUUUUCGUCAUGUGUAAAAUAAAGUAUUUUAUAUUAUAAUAAUACUCGAUGUUACUUUUAAUGAUAAUAACAAUAUGUAUUUGCUCAUCUUUUCAAUUAUAAUUUUCUUUGAUCAU